GUGAGUCUCUGCUCAAGAUGUGGUUUUGAGCUUUAGAGCUUGGAAAUAGCCCAGGACAUUUGAGCCCAUUCUCGUCCUCGUUGCCUCUGAUUUCAGUGGAUAAACUUUGCAGCGAGCGAGCUCGGAUUUGUUGCUGCAAUUUGUGUACUGACAGCUUGAACACUGCCAGUUUAGAGAGCAUUGGUGAAUUAGUCGCCAAAACAUGUCUCGCCCAAUUCUCUUCAAGAACGUUGCCUACUUUGGAGGAUCCGACUUUGACUUUGUCUCUAAAGGAUCUAUCCGCAUCGAAGGUGGCCGGAUCGUACAAAUAGCUCCUCAAACGGCUGAGGUGAAUGGUGUGAACGGUGUUACGGAUCACGACACUUUGGUGGUCGACGGUACUAGGUAUUUGGCACUACCUGGUCUGAUCAAUGCUGCGUUGUCGAUAGCUGCACCGAGCAAGGAUGAGAUCCCUGAAGAAGUGUACGAGGCCUUGGACUUGUCAACGCAUGAGCUCAAGGACGACGCGGUGUCCGUCUUGUCAGAAGCUGUAAACUACGCCGUCCAAACAGGAACGACCACAAUAGCACUAUUGGCAGACGGUACAACAACAAAGCCCUUGGAUCCAAUUCUGGCCACCUCUCCGGCGCUCCAACAAUGCGUUUUACCCUUCAUUGCGGAACCCCGAAAUCCAGCAGCCUACAUGCCCGUCGACACACGACCAGAGUUGGUAGAGAUUGUUCGGGUUGGACCGCAUAGAUACACAGCCAAAAUGGCUGAGCCAGCUGUGAAGAGUGGAAAAGUCAAUGGAGUGGUGCAUGAAGGCCAUUACAACAUCCAAUGUUCCCAUACGGCCACUUCUACUGCUCAGGCUCAAGAGAAGGGUAAACCGAUCAUUGCAACAGGCAAUGUCCUCUUCAACUCUAGCAAUCUGUGGAAAGAGCUUGAAAAUCGCGCGCGACAACUCGUUGCCAGUAAGCAAGCAGACGAACGAUCCCUAAAGGACCUACUUCGAGCUGUGACUGUCCACCCAGCGGAACUUCUCGGUCUUUUUGAUGGCGGAGUCUUGCAAACGGGAAGCCGAGCGGACAUCAUUUUGAUAAAGCUAAAGCCACAUUGGCAACUUGACGCCCGAGGUGUCUUGCUGUCCCUGUUCCUCCAUGGAAAUGACCCGUCCCUGGUGCAUGCAGUCUUGAAGGGUGGAGCGUUGCACUUUUCACAAGGGUCGCUAGCUACCGAGCUGCAAGCCGUGUCUCUGGCAAAGUACUACGCUGCGCCAAAUCUGCCAGAUACCACCAAAAUCGAUACGGGGUCUUGUGACUUUGACAGUGUGGAGGACGCGAUUGAAGCUUUCCGUAGAGGUGAGUUUAUCGUCGCGAUUGACAAUGAAGACCGAGAGAACGAGGGCGACUUGAUCAUCGCGGGUGAAGAUAUAACGGCCGAGAAAGCAGCAUUCAUGAUCCGUUAUACAAGCGGCGUGAUUUGCGUAUCGGUGGAUGGGCAGCGAUUGGACGAACUAGAGCUCCCUCUUAUGGUUGAAAACAACACGGAAACAUUGCGCACAGCAUACACCAUCUCAGUCGACUACAAACACGGUACCACAACUGGCAUCUCAGCUGCUGAUAGAGCGGCCACCAUUCGGGCAAUCGCCAACCCAUCAGCCAAAGCCUCUGAUUUCAAUCGGCCGGGACAUGUCUUUCCUCUUAGAUCUGUCCCAGGGGGAACACUAAAGCGUGUUGGACAUACUGAGGCGAGUGUCGAUUUUGCCAAGCUGGCUGGCAAGCAAAAGGUCGCAGCGAUUUGCGAAAUUGUCUUGGAUGAUGGUCGGAUGGCGAGGAGAGAUGAUUUGCGGGUGUUUUCAAAACAGCAUGGGUUAAAGAUGGUGACAAUUAGUGAUUUGGUAAAGUACAGGGUUGCGAAUGGCUUGGGUGAGGAUUGGUAGACUGUUUUAGGGACUAUUUGAUACGUAGCCAUCGGACAUAGGGUUGGAGGUAGCUCAUAGAACCGGCACUGCUUCACUUUCUUAUUUCGUUAUCUAAUGCUUGCAUUGAUCAUUUCUGUUUCAUAUUGCUCUGAGACAUUUUCAUUCGUAUGUCGAAGCUGAUGCUUCACUGUCGUAGGAUAAUUUUUGUACAGGAGCAAGUGACACCUGCAAAUCAAG